AUGAUUGGUAAUGGUACUGAUGUUAUCAGAGGGAGGAGUUCUAUGUCAGUGAUCCCAGUGAAUGAUUCUGUCUUUCUAAUCCAUGACAGUGAUUCUACGUCUCUGAUCCCUGAGAAUGAUUCUUCUACCAUAGCAAUUCCAGAGAAUACUGAGCCUAGAGGUGGUCAUGAAAGAAGGUACUCCACUGGGGAUAUAGCUAUCCCCUACACUAGAGUAAAGAUUCUUUCCCGCUAUCUCGCAUCGUCAACUGGUUCCUGCCAUGAUUAUUGCAAAUAUGGAAUAAAACAUGAUCCAGAAACGAAGAAAAGCAAUCCCAUGUUAAAGAGGAUCACAGAAAAUCAAGGCAGGGAUAUGAAGGAGACCGUAACUUUGUCAGAAAGACAGAGAACAUUUCCAUCGCCUCGUUCAAAAAGACACAACUCCGGUGUUCCUGUUGUCACUGGGAGAAAAGUUUCAUCAUUAACCAAUAAAGAAAUUGUACCAUCAAGACAGCUUUCAUUACCUCUCAAGGUAAAAUCAGAUGUUGGUGAGAAGAAGAAGGUGGCACCACCAACUCUUCCUUCAUCUGUCAAGAAAGUUUUGAUGCGACCAAUUGUUUCUGUGUUUCCCAAACGUCGUGUUAAAGGAGGUUCUCAACUGAAAGGUCUAAAUGAAGUGGUAAAAGCUGAAUAUGAUCAACCUGGCUGUCAGGAUGUUCCUCAGAAGGCUCUGCAUAUCAUUGAAUUAGAUACUGAUGAGAACAGAACAGUGAAACUGUCUCAAAUUGGAACUCUCACAGCUGGAUUGUCUGCACCUCCUGCUAAGAAGAUCGCGAGGCGCACUAAAAAAGGAAUUCAUGCCACUCUGCUGCCUCCAUCCUCCGAGAAGAAGUGCGUUAUACAUCUUAAAGAUGGAAAAACUCGCAUUAGUCGAACACCCAUAUCUUCUUUGGCAUCAUCCAAGUCUUCUCAUAGCAGUGCCUCGUGUGAACGCUAUGAAACUGAUCUUAAGAAUACAGCUGCAAACAAACUGCCAUCUAAGACUAGGCCUAGGAAGGGUGGAGUAAUUUGCACUACAGAUAAAGAUUCCGCAGCCAGGAAGGUAAAUUUUAGGUCAGGAAAGGUCGUUGAACUUCAGCUUGAAAGUAGAACUUCAAGGAGACUCAAAUUUAGGGGAAGAGUUCCUAGCGAUGCCCAGAUUGAUGAAGUUGAUACCAGCAAGAACAACCUUAAGAACAAAGAAGUUUGUGAAGCUAAUAUCGUAGAAAUUGAAUCUGAGAAAGUUGUUUUAAAACACCAAGAUGUGCAAGAAAAGAAAAUUGUGCAGAGUUUGUUAAAUAACAUGAUCGAGGAGACUGCAGGUAAGCUUGUUGAGAGCAGGAAGAGUAAGGUGAAAGCUCUGGUUGGUGCUUUCGAAACGGUGAUAUCUCUUCAGGAUUCCAAAACCUCCUCAACAGUUGGUGGAUGUUAA